ACACAUUUUUCCAGCACAAAAGAUAAAAGACAGACAAGUUAUCUUCCUUUCUUAAUGUCCCUCCCAAACCAAAUCAGUGUGGGAUUCCAUGACUCUUGGAAAUGAGGGUUAAAGAAUAAUCAUCCACAGAGGAAGGAAGAUUUCAAAGCCUUGACCACUUACAUUAGACAAGUGCUAAUUUAGGAGAGAAGUUGAAACUGAAUGGUUUCUGCAGGAGGGUGUAAUGAGGGGGAAGAAAAACCACAAGGAGAGAAAUAAAGAGAUGUUGAACCUUCUCACCUCUGAAUAUUCAUUUUGCUUCUGUGUUUUCUCAUGGUGAGUGAAGGUAUAAUCAUCCAGUUCCCUCGUGAUUCUGGGAACUGCACAUUCAGAGAUGCUUUCAGUGUUGCCCAUAGACUUUGCCCAAAGAAGUGACAACUCUCCUUGAACCACCUUACACCUCCUUGAACCACCUUACACCUCCUCGAAAGCCCCAGACUUGCUGUGUCUAUGCCCAGGCUUAUCCAGAGCUGUUCUUUUCCCCCCCGAUGUGGCUCCUUGGUGCUGGGAAGGGCAGAGGAGGAGGCACCUCUGGCUGAGGCAGAGUGUGUUUGCUUCCUCCUCAGGCUGGAAGUGACGCUGCUUUUCCACCUCAUCCCACCCAGCACCCACCCCGUGCGUGGGGUGCGGAGCUGGGGCCUCAGGGGAUUUCUGACAUUCCUCAAAAGGGGAAGGAUGGCACCUUCUCCUUUGCAGGGAAGCCCAGUCAGCGAGAUUUUGGUCAAAGGAGACCCACGCAGAUGGGAGCAAGCUAUAUAAAGCAGGCACAGCUGGCUGCAGGGCACUGCAAGCCAGCAGGGCUUUCCCGAGGUAAGUGGGGAUGGAGGAUUGCUUUCCCUCUCCUCCUCCUUUCACCAGAAGCUGUGGUGCAAGUGGGGAGCAAGUGCCAGCCUGGGAAGCAGGACUGAAGGAGAUGCUGCCUGAGAUGCCAGCCCAGAAGAAAAGCAGCAGGUGCAGCCCUCGAGGGCUGAACAUCCCUCCAAUUUUUCUCCCUUUCUCCUGAUUAUGUUUUUUUCCUGAUUCCCAUCACUGCCCAUCCCCAAUGCUUUGUGUUGAAACAACAGGGCCAUCUUUACCCCCUUGUUGCUCCUGGUCCCCAGAGAGAGGGAGAACCUCUGCUCCUGGGUGAUGAGGAAGGAAAGAAAGAAGGUGGUUGGUACAACAGAGAAUGGUUUGGUUUCCUCCCCCAGAGCCACCAGAAGGAUGAACUCUCUCCUCGGCCUGUCCGUGCUGUUUGUGUGGGGCUUGUCCCCAGCCCACGGGAACCUCUUGCAGCUGCACCAGAUGAUCUCAGAGGUGACAGGGAAAAACGCUCUCCUGCAUUACGGCUUCUACGGCUGCUACUGCGGGCUGGGGGGCUGGGGGCAGCCCAAGGAUGCCACAGACAGAUGCUGCCAGCUGCAUGAUACCUGCUACGAAAACCUCCUGCGGUACCACUGCGAUGCCAAGACACGCCCCUACCGCUACAGUUGUCACCACGGCAGGCUCUCCUGCAGACAGGACUCCCGGUGUGCCUUCUUGUCCUGCGAGUGCGACCGCAGCCUGGCGCUGUGCCUGCGGAGAAACCUCGGGAGCUACAGGAAAAGCUACCAGUUCUACCCCAACGCGUGGUGCCGGUGCUGCCUGCUCCGAGCCUGCUGCUACGCCAGGCUGGCAGCGCGGCGGUGCCGCGUGGGACCCGUGCAGCCCCUCUCCGUGCCCCGGGCAGGGAUCGCCGCCUGCAGCUCCGGGACGCGCUGCCAGCGAGGCGCCUGCCGGUGCGAGCGGGCGGCGCGGCUGUGCCGGGCCCGGCUCGGCCCGGCCAGGCCCAGCUCCACCGCCGCGCCGGGUGCCGGGGGGGAGCCGGGCGCUGCUGAGGCAAAACCUCCCUAUACCCAUUUUUGCUGUGGAAAGGUGGGAUGGGAGGUUGCUUUUCCUGGUGCUCUUAACCCCUCUUCUCCAGUCCUAGGACUGGCCUUUGCCAGCUGCAACGUGUUACAGUUUGCAAGGAUGAUUGAGAAGAAGACGGGGAAACCGGCGCUGGCUUACAACGGAUACGGCUGCUACUGCGGCUUGGGCGGCUCCAAACAGCCCCUGGAUGCCACUGACUGGUGCUGCCAUGCCCACGACUGCUGCUACAAGAAGUUGGCCGCCUCCGGCUGCAGACCCAAAACGGUCACCUACAAAUACAACAUCCAAAGAGACCAAAUAACCUGUGGAAACGGGAACUCGUGCCAGAAACGGACGUGUGCGUGCGACAAGAGGGCGGCGGAGUGCUUCCAGAGGGCAGCCAGCUCCUACCGCAAAUCCUACCGCAACUACCCCAACUUCAAGUGCCGGGGCCGCACACCCUCCUGCUGAGCACUCCUGCCACGCUGCAGCUCCAAACCUGGCAGAAACCCUCACAGCUGGGGGUUCUGCCUUCCCUCUGGCCAGGCACAGCCCUGGGGCGCUGAAAAAGUGUCCAGCACCUUUCCCCAGAGCCUUAGCACAGGGGAAAUCUGCUUCCCUUUGUUUAGUAACUCAUAACAAUGAGG